AUGUAUUAUUAUCGCUACGAGAACGCUGAAGUCAGCUGCUGUUACAAGUACCUCAUGUUCACCUACAACGUCAUCUUUUGGCUGGCCGGCGUGGCAAUCGUUGCUGUGGCAUUUUGGGCCUGGAGCGAAAAGGGCGUUCUGAUGGACCUGACGCAGGUCACCCGUCUCCGCGGUUUGGACCCGGUUUGGUUGCUGCUGUCGGUGGGCCUGGUCACCUUCAUCCUGGGAUUCGCCGGAUGCGUGGGAGCGCUCCGAGAAAACAUCUGCCUGCUCAAGUUCUUUUCCGGCGCCAUCGUCCUGAUCUUCUUGGCGGAGCUGGCGCUGGCCAUUCUGGCCGUGGUUUUCCAGAGUCAGGUGCGCCAAUGGAUCAAUGACUUCUUCCUGACUAACAUCAAAGCGUACAGAGAUGACAUCGACCUGCAGAAUCUCAUCGACUCGCUGCAGAGGACGAAUCACUGCUGCGGCGCGCAGAAACCUGACGACUGGAACGUCAACGUUUACUUCAGCUGCAACGCCACGCACCAGACGGAAAAGUGCGGCGUUCCCUUCUCUUGCUGUGUGGAAGACCCUGCCGACUCUGUGUUGAACACUCAGUGCGGCUACGACGUGAGAAAAAAACCCCAGCCUGAGUGGUCAGACCACAUCUACGUGAAAGGCUGCAUCGCCGCGCUGGAAGACUGGUUGCCUAACCUUUACACGCUGGCCAUCAUUUUUGUGGUCAUCUCACUGCUGCAGAUGGUGGGCAUCUACCUGGCCAGGUCGCUGGUGACAGACAUCCAGAAGGUGCGAUUCUCCUACUGA